AUGGCUCAGCCUACCAUGCCACGAACCAACGAUCUUUGGGCCCACGCAGCAACAGAGCUACCCGACAACGUCAAACGAAACAUAAACUUCAACCGCCCCGACAAGCUCAACAUCCUCACCGAGCUGCACGCAACUGCCGAGAAAUCGAGGCAAAAGGCUAUAGAGUCUCGAUGGAAAUACACUCGCAAGAACGGAGAGGUGGUCAUAGUCAGGGACGUGCUCGGAAAGAUCGUUCGGUGGGUUGAUACGUUCAAGCAAGUCGGCGAUGCUGCUGUUCAGUAUGACCCAGGAUAUGCUUCGCUUCCUUGGGCAGGGAUCCGUUUUCUCUUGCAAGUUGCAGUCAACGACAUCGUCAAAUAUGGGUCGGUAGUGGAAGACAUUGCUCGGGUAGCCGAGCUGAUUUGUCGCUUCGCUCUUACUGAAGAACUAUAUCUUCAGGGCACAUCAAAAGAAGCUAAAGCACUGGAAUUGGCUGUGGUGAAGCUAUACGCACGCACUUUAGUCUUUCUGUCCACGGCAAAGCAAUAUCUCGAACAGGGGACCGCAAAGCGUGUAGCGAAGAGCGCAUUCCUCUCAGAGAUGAACCUUAGCUCGGGCCUGAACGAUAUCCAAACCGCAGAGAAGGACGUGGAUCGAUGCAUAACUUUGGUCGAUAGGAUAGACAACACUAAGAACAAUGCGAAGUUGAUAGACAUUCUAGCACGUAUUGACACGCCCUUGCGCAGAAUGGAUGACGGUCUGAACAAUAUCCAUGAUGAUCUUCAAGUGUCUAAGCGAACGAAGAUCAUUCAGUGGCUCUCACCUGAGCCGUACAUACAACACCACAAGCAGACCAUGCAGGGUGUUCUGGCAGGAACUGGGCAGUGGCUUCUGUCUGAUCCUAUCUUCAAGAGAUGGAAAGACGACAGCGUAUCUUCAAUCCUCUGGCUCCAUGGUAUUCCUGGAUCUGGCAAGAGCAAACUCGUCUCGGUAGUGAUAGAGGAUGCUGUAGCGCGUUACAAAGCUGGCAACAGCCCACAGCCGGUCUUCUUCUACUGCUCCCGGAACCCAGCAGAGCCUACGCGUUCUCAACCACAAGCAAUACUUGCUAGUCUUGCUCGGCAGCUAUCGUGCCUUGAGCCCGGAAAGCCACUGCUUGCACCAAGUGUCAACCUCUACAGAGAAAAGGAAGCGGAAGGGUUUGCGUCUGGGUCGCUCCAGAUGGACGAAAGCCUUAACCUUGUUCUACAGCUCAUCGCACAUUAUCCAUUGACGACCAUCGUGAUCGAUGCCAUGGAUGAAUGCGACCCCCGGAAGCGACACGAGUUGCUCAAAGCUCUGGAGAAGAUCCUCCAAAAGUCGUCCAGCCUCGUCAAGAUAUUCGUGUCGAGUCGAAAAGACCAAGAUAUUGUCUUGCGUUUGCGAAACUAUCCAAACCUCGAGAUUGACUCCCGGAGAAACGGUGAUGAUAUCGCGCGGUUCGUGAACGACAAAGUAGAGGAACUUGUUGAAGACGGAAGGCUGUUACCGUAUAGCGACUCUGAGACAGAGAUGAAGAAGCUCAUCGUAGACAAGGUAAUUGAGGGUGCUACUGGAAUGUACGUUGAGGACCACUGCCAUUGUGACCGUGUUGACCCUGAUAUGUAG